AUGACAGCAACGCCGGCGCCGCGAGUUUUUUUGGCCUCUUGGCUGGAAAAGAAGAUGGAGUGGCGCUUCAUCUAUGAACACCGCUAUUUCAUUCUUGAUGGUACUCGCCUCAGCUACCGCCUCGAGGAGCACGGCGCCGAGAAGAAGUUCGGCACCAUCAUAUCCUUUGACCCGUGGCGCGAGAGCGUGAAGGACGACACCUCUAAGGGAUAUUGCUUCACGGUGUGGCUGCUCGAGGGCGGCUCCUGGGAACUGCGCGCGGCGACGCGGGAGAUCUACGACAGCUGGCUGCAUGCAUUUCUCACAGUGCUCGUACCCUCCGACUCCACCUCUGGGGCGCAGAGCGAGGGUGGCGGUGUGGCUAGCUCACGCGAUACCUCAGUAACCGCGGACGCCGGUGCGACGCCCGGCAGACCAUCUUCCGGACACCUCGAAAGUGAGAGCCUGGGUUGUUUUCGCAAGACAGGCGAGCGCGGUGAUGCCAUAAACGGUGCUAGUUCAACGCAAACCGAAUCCGCCGACACCUCGCGCAAGACGGCGGACGCAAGCCCAUCAGCAGAGGACGCCACCCUCACCGCGGAGUCCAUCGCUGCUGCCGUGAAUACAAGAAACACCGUCUGCGUCUCCAACGUCGUGCUGCUGUCCUCCAUGGUGGAGAAGGAGACGGCCUGGCGGGGCUCUUGGAAGGCGCGCUACAUGGAGCUGCUGGAAGGGCGCCACCUUGUCAUUCGGUCCUCUGCCACAUCCAAGACGGAGCGGCAGCACUAUGUCAUUGAGGCGGUGGACCCCUCGCCACUUGUAGGCCAAGAGGUAUGGCUGCUCUUCACCACAAGCAACGGCGACCGCUUCUGGGUCCGCUACGGCUCCGUGGAGGAGUGUCAGCGCUGGUACACGGUCUGCCGACGGCUGCUUCACGCGGAGUGCUCAUGGCACUGGCUGCCGCUCGCCGAGAACGUCGCUGGCCGCUCGCUGCGGCUUCGACAAGCCACAAGCGGCGAUUACAGCGACCUGCAGCUGCACUACCAUUCCGCUACAGUGGUGCCGUCCUUUCAAAAGGGAACAUGGUGCCCAUUGCUGUACAUCUUCGGGGGCUCGGACCGCUGGUGUAACCAGCUGUUCAACCCUCAGGCACGCGCCUUUCUCCCGCACGCCGAAUCCACGCACACGACAAAUCAGCUGUGUACGCUGGAGCUGACAGGCCCGCACGUGAUGCAGCUGUGGAAGCCUGCACCGUACGAGGAGGGCCCGCACGCGCUGGUGCGCCCGCUUUCCCGCUACGGCGCAACAUUGACGUGCAUCCCUGUGGAGGCGCCGCCAUCGUCGGAGAGAAACGACUGGCCGCAGCAGACGAUCGGGGCACACGUCGUACUGUUUGGCGGGCUGUCGGGUGGUGGAUAUCAGCCGCCCGCCACAGAGCUCUGGAGUGUGUGGCGCAGCCCGGCGGCGUGCGCCGAAGACGUCGAGAUGCAGUGGAACAGGCACGAUCUGCCCCCUUACGAGCUCCCGAUGCUGGCCUUUCACGACGCCGUGUGCAUCCCGUGGAGAUGUGCGGCAGUGAAGGACAGCGCAGACCCUCACAAGCGGCUCCACCCCGAUGGCGGGUUUCUUCUCGUGACAGGUGGCCUCGAUGUGGAGUAUCGCUGCCGGGCUGAGUGCUACGCGGUGGUGUGGAACGAUGCAGGCCUCACCGAGGCGGCUGAGCAGCUUCACUCAACCGAGUCGACGACCGAGGACAGACUCGAGGAGAGAGCGCGCCUGACAAAGCCGGCGGCGUUUGCCUUUGGCCAGCUGCCAGAGCCGCGCGCGUUUCACCGCAUGGCGGUCAUCGAAGACGGCACGGUGGUUCUCGUUGGCGGCCGAGGGGUAGAGAACGCCGCGAUGAGUCAUCCCGUCCUGACGCUGGCACCGGAGGUGUGGCGGCGCGCAUCCAAGGCGUGGAGAGACGUCGCUACCGCUGCCACAGCGCCGCCUGAGAGCAACAGCAACGGAGCCGAGCCGAGGAGCGAGAAUCAGUGCCAGCGGACGAGUGGCGAGGACGAAGCCAAUGCAGGCGCGGCUGACGACGCGGAUGCUUCAUCUUCGCAGUGGCUGGCAGCGGUGUUCGACUGCUCUACAAUGCCUAUGUCGUCCACGACGCUCCGCGCAGUCACCGAACUACCGAACGAGAUGGGUGAUGUGGCCGUCGCUGCCACCGAGCACGGCAAUCGCGUGGUGGUUAUGGGGCAAGUCUCGCAGCCACGCCAGGAUGUGAAGCUCUACUUGCUGGACUUGGAACCUGUCGUGGCACCCACUUCAAGCGGCCGUCGCCGUGGAUCGCGCGGCAUCAGUGCAGGCCAGCAGCUCCCCGCUGGCACGAGGCGUGCUCGGUGUCAGGAGGUGGUGCUCUUCGUCGGUGCCGUACCGAAUCGCGUGGUGGGUAUCACCCUGCACGUGUACAACGACUACCUCUUCGUGAUUGGCGGCUGCAUGGCUGACAAGUCCAAGUCGGAGCCGUACAAGUUGUGCGGACCCCUGCGUAUCCUGCUUGAAUGA